GACCCAAACCAAUGAAAAAAGAGGAGCUGGAGGCCAAUGGAGAAGAAGGAACCAAGUACAGGAAGUUACCAUCUCCCUGUCCCAUCUGUGGCAAAGUGUUCUCCUGCAGGAGCAACAUGAACAAACAUCUGUUGACUCAUGGUGACAAGAAGUACACCUGUGAGAUCUGCAGCAGGAAGUUCUUUCGUGUUGACGUCCUCCAGGACCACAUUCACGUGCACUUCAAGGACAUUGCUUUAAUGGACGAGCAGGAGAGGCAGGAUUUCAUCAGGAAGAUCGGCAUCUCAGCGAGCGACUGCGACGAAACAGACGCUGAGGAAGAAAUUGAU